AUGGAGCCCAAGGAAGCAGGGGCUUCUAGCGGCGAUGUGGGAGCUGAUGAGCUAGGUAGUAGAAACUCAAAUUACCAGUCUAAGGAGCUUAACCUCAUAGUAGUGCACGCUCAAGGAGGAGAUAAAACUAAUUCUCUGAUUGACUCAAUGGUUCAAGAAAUUCCUCCCAAACCGUUGGAGGGCAGACCCAGUUGUCAAACUGAAAGUUCAGCACUACAAGAGGAAAAUAAUCUUUUGAAUGUUCACCUUGUGAAGAAAUCUGCAGAUGAAACCAGAGCAUUGGCAACUCAAGAAGAACAAACCAUGGAAAUAACAAUGGAACACACAGAAACCAUGCCUGUUCAAAGCAGUUCCAAAUGGAAAAGACUCAAAGGGAAAGAAAGCAACAAAUCUGCAAAUAUGAAGAUUCUCCAAAUUAUAAAACAUGACUUUUGUUUUGAGGUUGAAGUGGCAGGUCAUGCAGGGCUGAACUCAACCUGGUACAUUUUUGUUUAUGCUAGUACUUCCAAAAGGAUCAGAGAAGAACAAUGGGCCAUUCUGGAGAAUGCUAGACUACACUGGGGAGAUAGCUGGGUUCUAGGUGGAGACUGGAAUGAGGUUUUGGACCCAACAGAAAAAAAAGGUGGCAGGAGAAAAAAGACUGUGAGAGAUGGCAAGUCUACCAAGAUUUGGCAAGACCCUUGGAUUCCUAACACUCCUACAGGUAUUCCUACACACAACACUUCAACCACAAGCAAUCUCACUUGGGUCUGUGAUCUUUUGGAGGAAAAUGGCACAAGCUGGAAUGAAAACCUCUUGGCAGCC